GCGGAAUACAAAAUGACAAGAUUGAAAAGACAGGCAGGUAUCCGUAGUUACGGUAACAGUUCAUCAACCCCUGAAUGUUUGUCGCACAGAACGGCAGCAAACUUCUCGAAUUCCAACUGCUGAGCGCUCUCUGACUAUGAGAUCAUACUAAGGGAUAACGUUUAUCAGGUCUAGAAUAAUAAUACGAUCUAUAUAAUAUAUAGUGAUUCACAUAUUGCACAUGUCAAAGUUUCAUAGUAGCAGUGGUAUACCCAGGAGCGGUGAUUCGCGAAUAAACCCAGGACUUGUAUCCGUACCCGUGUGUACAUUGUUGGUUUCUGUUCUGUAGGCUGCAUGUGCUCAGACUGUUGGUUCGGAAGCUCUGAAGGAUCAGAUAAAUUAAAGUCAGCGAUAAAUUACCUACCAGAUCUUGAUCGAAGCUUAUCAAUAUGCUUGAUUACCAGCUGAAUGUCCAAUAAACAAAACAGCUCAUUGUCUUUCGUCCCCAGUAUUUAGAGUCAACGGCUCAAGAAUACGAGAUCAAAUGGUUGCCAAUGACACAAUCUCACAGACACCAUUAAACAGACAGCACUUUGCCGUUAUGUCGGCCAAGUCUAGAAUCACCGCUGUAGAGAUCAUGUAUGCACUCAAGCCCAAGCCCAGAGUGACAUGGAUGCGUUGACCCAAGCUCAACUGAGUAACCUGGGCGAGCAAGAAACGAAACGUUGGACUCACCGCUAACAAAAACAGCGAGUUUUCUCCAGUCACGGAAAUUCAUUUUUUCUUCAGUCAAGGUCCCUCGUGGCGCUCGACAACUGGACCCCUCACAUUUAAAAUGACCCCAGUCCCAAUCACCCCAUGUUGCCGAGACAUUUCUGGUCCACUAUCGACGGUCCUGUCUCUUUCGCUAGACUGACUUGCUUGAACCUGGCCUGACUUUGUUUCCGCUUGGUCGGGCGUUUUGAAGGAUGCGCUACUACGCUGGGAUGCGGAUGAAAGCCGCUGUUUGUCUCUUCUCAUCCCAACUUGCAGACAUCCAAACGAUUUUGAGGGGAAAACUGAACUGAUGAUGAGAUGCCGACAACUCCGAUUAGGCUUCAAUAGACUGAAUUGAGAGUGAGUGACACAUGCUGCAAGCAACCGCCUCUGAUCUAAAAAUGAGCUCCGAGUAUCCGUACUACCUCAUUGUUAGGGGUCAGCAACAAAAUGAGCUUUAAAAUAAACUUCCCGUUAUGACUAAAUGGUUAAAUACAUAGUACCUUGCAUCACAAACAGGGCUGAGCGAUUUACGAGGUCAUGUCCAUCCAUACCAGCUUCAGGUGGAGGAAUUUCUUCGCUGGAUCUAUGACAUAUGCUGGUAUGAAACUGAAGCUUCGAAUCUGGAUCAAGGCUGAUCUUCGAAUAUUCUCCUCUGAUCAAGCCACCGAGUAAUAGCACAUACUCAUUGAUAUUGCUGCUAAUGAUGCAGCCAUAAUCUGUCCAUCGGCAGGGGCGUACAUUCUCUAGGCUCUAUCCAACGAUGUGCUCACAAAAACGCCAAAAGAUGCUGUGCGAUGCGGGCCCCUUACACUUCUCUCUUUUUCUGUGAGGAGACACAGCAUUAGCAAAUCGAUACCCUUGAUCUGCCAAGCCUGCACAUUCAAACACAUUGUUGACGUCUGCCCAGACAAUGCGAGCGGAAAACGGCAUUGCAAUCUCUCCCAGACUCUCAUCGUCCUGACUUUCAACGUCCUUGGGUGGACGUGCUGGGCUCUUUUUGCUGGGGCCACCUGAAGCCCUUGCAAAGCCUUGUCGACUUUAUCUGGGCUAGCUCAGAGAACAUCUCAACCCGAGUGGCUUUUUCCUCCACUCCUCUUUCGUGAAUCGUCCCCAGUUGCAGGGCACCCCCGGUCUGCCUCCAGCGUCCGUCCGUCCCGUUGUAGCUCUGCGUCUAAGACGCGACGGACGUUGACCACCAAAUUUCUGCGUGCAAUUCAGAGAGAUCCUGCUAAUCACAUCUCAGCCGCACCAUGGCGCUCUUGCUAAUUGGUCAUCUUGGCCCAGAACACCUGGAGACUCUGCCUCGUGGCUGCGUGAAGCCCGGAGCUAGCUCAUCACCCUGUCCGCAAGCUUCCUAGCGUCCUGUAUGUCUGGAGUCUGUGUUUGUCAAUCGAGCGAGGCGAUGAGCCGACCCUGGAAAGGAAAGGGAAGCUCUGUUCAGCUCAGGUCGGCGUCGUGAAUAAAUUCCCGACUGUCGGCCCUUCAUCCCCGAGGAUUGCUUUUUGAAGGAAUUGCUGUUUUUCGCUCAUAUUCAUCUGUAGAAGUGACUGUCUUGCCUUGGACCUGACAUCGACCCCUAACAUUUCAUAUCUCGAAUACCCAAUUCUCACAAUGAAGGGUGCUGUUCUUUCCGUCCUGGCCAGCGGUGCCGCUGCUCAGAUCACAUCGAUGCCCUUUGCUGCCCUCGGUCUGGGUCCUCAUGUCUUCCAGAACAACGCCAUCAACCCUAGCGACCCCGAAUACUCGACCUGCCAGCAAGCUGUUGGAAUUGUCCAGGACUGUGUUUCUUCUGUUGGUGGUCUCGACGCUGCUGCGACUGCUGAUCCUUCAGCCCUCGUUGCUUGCGCAUGCUGUGAUGGACGCAGUAACGCUGCUCCUCUUUACUCAGUCUGCUCCAACUACCUCGAGGAUGAGGCUCCCGAGAACACCUCUCAAUACGAAGCUUAUGGCACUCUGUACAGCGCUUGCAGAUUGAACGCCAGAUGUACCGGCGGUUCUGGUGGUUCUGCCAGCGAUAGCCGUCCUACAGCAACUUCAGAUGAUGAAGAUCUCUCUACCAUUACCUCUGCCACCAGCCCUGCUGAGCAGACAUACGCUGCAGCCUGUUUAUACAUGCUCGAUAUCUUCACUUCUUGCACAGCUGAGGAUCGCCAAUUCACUGAGCUUCCUCCCAGAGAGCAGGCCGAGUGCUACUGCUGCCGUGGAUCUGGUUCCCGCCGAACCUGGACCGAUGAGCUCGACAAGUAUGCUUCCACUUGUGCUGACUGGGCGCGAACAGGCGAGCCCAAGACCGCCUACUCUGUCGCCAAGAACCUUGCUACUUUCUGCGACCGCUUCGACGACGUCUGCUCCCCCUCUGUCACCCGCACUCAAGACUCUGGGUCCAGCGAGACCGACGAGGCCAACACCACCGAGGACUCCGGUUCUCGCCAGACUGGCGCCUCUGACAACGAUGCCUCAACUAGCGAACAGAACAUGGGCCCCGUCACAGUCACUGUUCCUGCUCAGCCUUCCAGCACCGACAGCGGUAACAGCGCUUCUUCAGCUCGUGUUGGCUUCGGUGCUGUCCUCGCUGCCGUUGCUGCUCUGGCUAUUGCUCUGUAAGAGCUCUUAUGACGAUUGAACCGAGAAGUGAUGGAGUUUAUUAAUGAGUUUCCGUUUCCGAGAAGACGUGGUGGAUCUAACGACUUUUCCGGGUUAUUUAAUGAAAUGCUGUAGGGAAACUCGUGAACAAUGCGCAGUCUUAUCAGGAUAUCCUUGUUGGCAUUUGAAGCGCCUUCGUAUAUAGAAUCAUAUUCGUUAUCCAUAAUUCACUUUUUACCAACGCC